GGCAGCACUUUGCCAUACACACAGGCAGUCUGCUAGUUAGAACACAUUAAAACGUACACGUAGUCAAUACACAAAAUGGAACACAGAGUUGAAUUAUCGUUGGAACCAAGGGUGGAACACAAGUCGGGGAAUGACGAGCCCCAUCUGACGCAGCAUCUGCAGCAGCACUACGAAACCGAGGCCGAAGUCUUGGGGCUCCUUGUGGACCUGGAAGCCCGGUAUCGGCAAUACUACAAUCUGUACCAGUGCGAAAUGCUGGCCCAGAAGACACUAAUCGAGCGGAUAUGGCUGCUCACCCAGCGCUACCUAAUCCUCAUCAGCUCGGAGCAGAGCUGCAGGUAUCCCGAGGUGUACACCCUGUCGACCGAGGAGGCGAUCGUCAAUGAGUACGAGGAGAAACUGGAGGUCCUGCGAGCAUCCAACAACACCAUGAAAAAAAGCCUGUUGGACAUAAACCAGCACUGCAAGGAGUUUUAUGCCGCCUACGAACGACUGGACAAGGCCCAGGAAACGCCAUUCAUAAUGGGGGAUAGCCACCACAGAAGCAUCAAGUACCACAAGAUCAUGGCCGUGGAUGUAUUCAACUAUUUGUACGCAAUGGUCCUGAAGUUGAAGUGCUAUAUGCAUCAGCUUGAUCCCGUGAAUCUGGAGAGUGUCGAGGAGUACCGCGACUUGCUGCACAACGAAUCCCUAAUGGAGGAGUUCGACGAGUACCUCAAAGUGCACUUUGUCUACUGCCGGUGCCUGCAACCGUCCCAAACUUGCCCCAUCGUGAAGCUAAAGUGCUCCCACCAAAACCUUGUAAAUUUGAAGUAUGUCAGUCGCAUGUAAUUAAGCCAAAACAUGUGCGACAAUAAAUGGAAGCCCUCCAACUUAA